ACAGAUUAACAGUUAGAAUAAACUUGAAAAAAAAAAAAAAAACAAAUAAAAACUCCGCAUGCAUCUACUGAAAGCGACGCAAUGCAUGGAUCAUAAGUUGUGGAAUCGACGAUCGAUUAAAUAUGAAUUCGUCGGAAUCGGCGAAGCUGCUGGCGGUGGCCGGCGGCGACACCGUAAAACUUGUGGACAUUUCACCCAAGGUUGAAGAUGACUGCGUCCUCGCCUAUUCUCCAUCGCCGGGCUCUAGCGUCAAUUCCGUCAAGUGGAACCACAACAAUAUGGUGUUGGCGAGUGCAGGGGAUGAUGGUAAAGUAUCAUUUUGGAGGAGGAAUGGGACGCGAUUGUUGGCGCUGCCUUGCAAAAAUGAUGGUGGCGGAACCGUUGAGUCGAUAUCAACUAUCAACUUUUGCAACAAAGGGUCUCGAUAUCUAUGCUCUGGUGGAACUGGUCAAGUUGUAAGGAUAUGGGAUUUGCAGAGCAAGCGUUGUAUCAAAUGGUUGAAAGGGCACACUGAUACUAUAACAGGUGUAAUGUGCAACUGCAAAGAUGAGCACGUAGCUUCUGUUAGCCGUAAAGGAGAACUUAUUGUUCACAGCCUUGUUUCCGGGGCUAAGGCUGCUGAACUCAAGGACCCUCAGGGACAGGUCUUGGUGGCGCUUGAUUAUUCUCGGGUUAGCAGGCACCUUUUAGUCACGGGUGGUGAUGACGGGUCCGUACACCUGUGGGAUACUACUGGCCACAAUCCAAAGGUUUCUUGGUCGAAGCAGCACUCUGCACCGGUCACGGGGGUUGCAUUUUCGCCUACCAACGACAAGAUUAUUGCUAGCGUUGGUCUAGAUAUGAAGUUAUACACUUUUGACACAGGGUCAAGGAAGCCAUCUUCUUGCAUACAUCAUGAGGCUCCUUUCUCUACAUUAGCAUACUCUGAUGAUGGACUGAACUUAGCAGCUGCUACAACCACUGGUCAGGUUGUACUCUACGAUGUUCGUAGCAAGCCUCAACCAGUAACUGCUCUACGCGUGUAUGGAGAUUCUGAGGCCAUCACAAAUCUUUGCUGGCAGAGGUCGAAACCUGUGACAUUCAACAAAAGCAGUUUAACAGAUGAGACUGUUCUUCUAGCUGGUGAUGUAGGGGACUCGAUCAUCAUGCCCGAUCCACUUCCAUCCAGGUCAUCUGCAUCGGGAUUCAUGACUUCUGAGGAACAACCCCGUGUGGGCAGCUCGUUAAUAAAUCCAACCCUUGCAAGAUUGAAUGCACCUCAUAAUAAUGUUAUGGAUGAUAUGGAGGUGUUUUCUCCCAUUGUUGAAGUUCAACCACUUACGCCCUCUUUUGAUAAAUUAUGGGAUGAUCAUGAUGGUCCGGAGAAAGAUAAAGAUGGAAACCCGGGAUUUCUUUUACCUUCUCGGAGGUUUGGCCUUUCAGAGGAAGCAGCCGGUGACGAGAAUCCAAUUUUCAACAUGAGACCUAGCUCAUCAUCCAAACAGGUUGACAACAACACCCCUUCUACCUUCUCACGAUCAACACCCAACCUUGCACCCGCACGAACUUCCUCUGGUACCCCACGCAAAGGCUGGGGAGGCGAGAAAGCACUAGAAAAAUUCAUUCACAAACGCCAAUCCACCAAAAUGCCCUCUCGCUUUGCAAAGUCUACACCUCCCAGCUCAUCAAUGGGGCUAAUGCCGCAUGCAACUAAUCUUCACGGCAGAGAAACCUCCCACCAAGAAGCUUCCUUGUCACCAUCAGAAGCCGCUUUGUCUGCUGUACGUACGAAAACCAUCAUCGGGCAAGACAGCAUCGAUGCAGUUGAUCCUGCAGCUGCAUCUCCUCGAAGAUACUCCAGCUAUGCAGAGAGAAUAUUAGGUGCUGCAGCAUCUCUUCCAGUGGGCUCGCCUAAAUCCAAGAAAACAGGAUCAGAGACUAGGGAAGAGAUUCUCAAUAACCUGCUGUCAAACUCUCAACCGGCAACACCAACCACUUCAAAUGGGGGAGAUAAUCAGUUGCAGAAAAUUUCCUUGCAAUCUGAUUCAGAGAAGUCUUUUGUAGCUGAAGAAACUCUAGCUUCGUUUCGAGAAUCUAUUCAUGGAGACAUGCAAAAUCUUCACUUAGAAAUACUAAGGCAAUUCCACAUGCAAGAGAUGGGAAUGUCUAGUGUUAUGAGAUUAAUCCUCGACAAUCAGGCUGAGAUAAUGCAAGAAAUCCAGUCACUUCGAGAGGAAAUACAACAUUUCCAUCACUUGCUGUGAAUUGGUGUUUUUUAGUUGGAAAUAUUUGUUCAUUCUUCUAUUAUUUUGAUGUUAUUGUAAUCGUACGUAUUCCAUAAUGUAUAAAUGUUUUGAUCUCUUGGCAAUGUCAUUUGGUCAUGUUUUGUGGUAGUGUAUGGGUGUUUUG